UGAAAGCAGAAGCGAGUCCACGUUCAGAGGAAGAGCUCGAUGCACCAGGAAGUGUGUGUGUGUGUGUGUGUGUGUGAAACCUCUAGAAAUCAUUAGCUCGGGUCUGAUGUGUUUGCUCAGGGGUCAAAGUGCAGAGCCGAAGAGCGUCUGGGCCUCUGCCGGAGACUCCUGAAGCUCCUGAAGCUCUGGUGAGGAUGGAGAGCGUGCAGCAGACGAUCUCGAGGGUCUCUCAGGAGCUCGGCUGCAGUCCGACGUCUCUCAGCGUGGCAGAACAUCUGGACCGACACGACGAGCUUCGGCUCCUGCGCCAGGAGUUCCUCGUCCCCAAAAUAUCAGACCUGCCUCUGUCGGAUUUGUCGCUCGUGGACGGUUCUGAAGAUUGUGUUUAUUUCGCUGGGAAUUCACUGGGUCUCCAGCCGAAAAACACCAGAAAAUACAUCGACGAGGAGCUGGAGAAAUGGGCCAAAAUCGGCGUCCAUGGUCAUCUGAAGGGGUCGCGACCUUGGGCCUGGGCUGAGGACACCCUGGAGGAGCUGAUGGCAAAGAUCGUCGGUGCUAAACCCGAGGAAGUGGCUCUGAUGAACGGACUCACAGUCAAUCUGCAUCUUCUGAUGCUUUCCUUCUACAAACCAACUCCAAAACGCUAUAAGAUUCUCCUGGAAGAGAGAGCCUUUCCUUCGGAUCACUACGCUGUCGAAUCUCAGAUUGGGCUGAGAGGACUGGACGUGACCGACAGCAUGCUGGUCGUCGCCCCCAGACAGGGCGAGGACACCAUCAGGACGGAGGAUCUGGCGGCGCUCAUCGAGCGGGAGGGCGACAGCAUCGCUCUGGUCAUGCUCAGCGGCGUUCAGUAUUACACCGGGCAGCUCUUCGACAUGGAGGCCAUCACCAGAGCCGGACACGCCAAGGGGUGUUUGGUAGGGUUUGAUUGUGCACAUGCCGUAGGAAACGCAGAACUGAAGCUUCACGACUGGGACGUGGAUUUUGCGUGCUGGUGCUCUUAUAAGUAUGUGAACUCAGGGGCCGGUGGUCUGGCUGGAGCUUAUAUACAUGAGAAACAUGCUCACAGCGUCAAACCCACUCUGACUGGCUGGUGGGGACACGACCUGAAGACCAGAUUCCUGAUGAACAACGAGAUGGAUCUUCAGCCUGGUGUUAAUGGGUUCCGUCUGUCCAAUCAGCCCAUCUUACUGGUGUGUCCACUACAGGCCAGCCUAGAGAUCUUUAACCGGACGAGUAUGAAGGCUCUGAGGAGGAAGUCUGUGCUGCUGACCGGGUAUCUGGAGCAUCUGAUCAAACACUACUACAGCAAGGACCCAUCGGAGCCCAGCAGACCCUGGGUUCACAUCAUCACGCCCUCUGACCCCGAGCAGAGAGGCUGUCAGCUGUCUCUGUGCUUCUCCUGUCCAAUCAGAGCCGUGUUUCAGGAGCUGGAGAAGAGAGGAGUCGCUUGUGACAUGCGAGAGCCCGAUGUGUUGCGUGUGGCUCCGGUGCCGCUCUACAACUCCUUCACCGACGUCCACCGCUUCAUGAGCGCUCUGGGAUCAGCUCUAAACGCCCGACACUGACCCCGGACCUGUCUGCUCGACCACCAUCAUCAUUACAGACCAGUCAAGAUUAUAUGCGCUUGUUCGCAAAAUAGCCAAUAAAUGUUUUCCUGCACAUCAGCCGAGGGACUGAUUUUGUGCCAAACAUCUGAA